AAACGAGACCUUAGAGAGAGAGGGUCUCUUUACGGAACUACUACUACUUUUGUCUGCCAUUGCCAACUCCACAGCAAGUAAAGGAGACUCGUGAAGCAAAGGAAAGACUUGUCUUGUCUCGUCUCGUCUCGUCUCGUCUCCUCCUAUGCAAGUCGAAGCCUCCAUUAGAAAAGCUAUAGAGAGAUAGAGAUAGAAGGGGUGGGGGAGAGAAAGAGCAAGAGGGAGAUGAGAUGAAGAGUCUAAAGAGUUAUCUGCAUCUGAGGCAACCACCAAAUGUGGAAAGGAAAUGGAUCUUUCCUUUGGCUAUUGGCUCUUUGGUUUCUCUCUUCCUUCUCUUCCUCACAACCCUUACCACCUCUCCAUACGGUACUCUCUUCUUCCCUCUCUAUCGCUCUUCUACCCCUUCCGGCGGCGUUUUUGUCGAGGCCAAGCUUCGGCCACUUCCUGUUUCUUCUCUUCCUCCACCCCCUCGCUUGGCUUACCUCAUCUCCGGCUCCGCCGGCGAUGGUGAGAUGUUGAAGCGUACACUCCUUGCCCUCUACCACCCGCUUAACCGCUACGUUGUUCAUCUCGACCUAGAGUCCCCUCCAAAGGAACGCGUCGAUCUCCUCAACUUCAUCAGGACACACCGUGUCUUAGCUUCCGUGGGUAAUGUUCGAAUGAUCACCAAAGCCAAUCUCAUCACCUACAAGGGUCCUACUAUGGUCGCCAAUACCCUCCACGCCGCUGCCAUCUUGUUGAAGGAGGGUGGCGAUUGGGACUGGUUUGUCAAUCUCAGUGCCUCCGAUUACCCCCUCGUUACUCAAGAUGAUCUGUUGCACACGUUCUCGUAUUUGCCCCGGGAUCUCAAUUUCAUGGAUCAUACCAGCAACAUUGGAUGGAAAGAGUUUCAGCGGGCAAAACCAAUUAUUAUAGAUCCUGGGCUGUAUAUGACCAAAAAAUCUGAUGUUUUCUGGAUUACCCAGAGGCGAAGCGUUCCCACUGCCUUCAAACUCUUCACAGGUGAAGUUAGCUAAAACCUUUAGUUGUGAAU